ACGGCUCUUUGUACCGUGGAUACGGUGGUACUGUCGCCUGGUGCAGUGCCGUUGGAUUGACGUUUGCUCCGGGAGUGUUCCUCGCAUGUGCGGUGUCAAGGCAAACAAACUGCGACGCGUCGGCCGUUAAAAAGGGGCGUGCUGCUUCUGUGACACUUCCCCACAAAUAAGCGGAUCGCAUUUAGACGUGCGGCAGAGCUGAAGGGUGGACCGUUUCUUUAAAUGACAUAUUGGAGUCUUGCAUAUCACCCGAUUUAAAGAACGGAACACAGACGCGUCUCGGUAUUGUUCGCAUCCGCCCUGGACGCGGAAAGCCGGAGGGGGGGAGCGGGCGCUGUCCUUGGUACCAGCCGUUUGCGUUUCUCCGAUCAUCUGCACUCCAACGCUCCCGGGCAGAUCCUCACGCGGAGUUUGCAGAGCGAUGGGUGAAGUCUGCUUGCUCCACUGCUGGAAACCCGGGCAAUGACAGAUACUGUACAACAGGAUGGAUUUAUCAGUGAAAGAAAUACUGACUUUCAUUAUUGCAUGUUGCUGCUGGCUACAUGCUCUUGCAGAGGUCAUCGAUGAUGACAGCUACCUAAACACAGUGCAGAAUGCAGUCCCCCUGUCCUGCUCAGAGGGUUUCACUGAGCUGGGGUACUACAACGGCACCGUGUCGCAGACAGACUCGGGUUCCCCCUGCCUGAGGUGGACCGAGUUCCCUGACUAUGUGCAGCAGUACCCAGGUCGCGGGCUGGGCGACCACAACUACUGCCGCAACCCGGACCGCGAGUCCAACCCCUGGUGCUUUUUCCGCCAGAGCUCCGGCGCCAUCGGUUGGGCCUAUUGCGACUGCCACCAGGGUGCAGCUAGGUUGGUGGGUGGCUCCUCCUCGAAGAGCGGCCGUGUGGAGGUGUACCUGAACGGCCAGUGGGGGGCAGUGUGUGACACUCACUGGACAGACCGUGACGCUAGCGUGAUCUGCAGACAGCUAGGACUCGGUGACGUGGGCACGGCUCUCCAGCACUCCUAUUUUGGUCCCGGCUCUGGACUCUUCCACUAUGAGCGGCUGGGCUGCCGUGGCAACGAGGCCUCCCUCCUGCAGUGCCAGAGCAGGAGGUUCGUCACUAGCGACUGUAACCACGGGAACGAGGCUGGGGUGACCUGCACACCGCCUGAAGGGAACGGCACCCCCCUGAGGCUGGUGGAUGGCCUGGAGGAGUUUGAGGGGCGUGUGGAGGUGUACCACAACGGCAGGUGGGGCUCCAUCUGCGAUGACCAGUGGGACGACGUGGAUGCGGAGGUGGUGUGCCGGCAGCUGGGGUUCGGGGGCGUCCCAAAGGCCUGGUCGUGGGCGCACUUUGGGCAGGGCACAGGGCCCAUCCUGCUGGACGCGGUGCAGUGCACAGGGAAUGAGCUCUCUCUGGACGAGUGCCCCCACGGGGGCUGGGAGCAGCACAACUGCGACCACAUGGAGGACGCGGGCGUGUCCUGCAGCCCCUACACCGAUGGGGUAGUGCGGCUCGUGGGGGCUGAUAUCCCCUGGGAGGGGCGGCUGGAGGUGUAUCAUAACGGCGACUGGGGGACUGUAUGCAGUGACAACUGGACUGAGCUCCACGCCCGGGUCGUGUGUCGGCAGCUGGGCUUCAGGGGGCGGGCGGAGGUGGCGGCAGACGGGGCGUACGGUGAGGGCAGUGGGCUGAUUCUGCUGGACGAUGUGCGGUGUGUGGGGACGGAGCACUCCCUGCUGGACUGCGCGCACAGCGAGUGGGGGCGGCACGACUGCUCCCACAGCCAGGACGUGGCCGUCCGCUGCGAGAGGCGCGGAGACACCAACGCCGUCCCAGCGGCUGCGCCCGCCACGGGGCCGCCGGUGCGGCUGGUGGCAGGAAGCAGCAGGAAGGAAGGCCGUGUGGAGGUGUUCCUAAACGGCCAGUGGGGCAGCGUUUGUGACGAUGGCUGGAACGACCUCAAUGCUGCCGUGGUCUGCAGGCAGCUGGGAUUCAGUGGGGUGUCUAAGGCCCGCUCCAUGGCCUACUUUGGUGAGGGUCGUGGCCCGGUCCACCUGGACAACGUGAGGUGCACGGGGAAGGAGGGGUCUUUGGGGGCGUGUCUGGCCGAUGGACAGGACGCCCACGACUGCCGGCACAGUGAGGAUGCCGGGGUCACCUGCGACUACACCCCCGAGAAGCCAGGGGGUGCCGGCACGGACGAACGCACCUGCGGCCUGAGGCCAGAUGCGCACUAUCACAAAAAGAAGGACAUUGUAGGAGACAGAGCAUUCAGGGGUGACUGGCCCUGGCAGGCCUCUCUGUGGCUCAAUUCUCACUCCAAAGGGAGCCAUCCGCUGUGUGGAGCGACGCUUAUCAACUCCUGCUGGGUCCUGACUGCCGCUCACUGCUUCUAUAGGUUUGGCAGUGAUCCCUCUCACUACAUUGUGCAUCUUGGUGAGCCCCGCCCCUUGGAUCAGGACACCUUGGGUCACAGCUUCCCGGCCGAGCGCAUCGUGGUCCACAGGAAGUAUGAGAGCCAGAGCUGGGAGCACGACAUCGCUCUGGUGCGGCUCCGUGGGGAGGAGGGCAGCUGCGUGACCUUUAACCCCCACACCAACGCUGCCUGCCUGCCCGAUGCGGGCAGCAAGUGGGGCAAGAAGCCAGCCACCUGUCUUGUAAUGGGCCUGGCCUUCACGGACUCGGAGCGCUCCCACGCUUUGCUGCAGGCCUGGGUCCCGCUGCUGCCCUCAGUGACGUGUAAGAAGCGCUACGGCGAGCGAUUCAGCGCCCACAUGCUGUGUGCGGGCGGCCUGUCCGAGCGCCAUCGCCGCCCGGGCAGCUGCCGCGGCAACAGCGCAGGUCCACUGCUGUGUCAGGAGGAAGACGGGCGCUGGGCCCUUGCCGGGGUUGCCUCCCAGGGCCAGAGCUGCGGCGACCCCUCCCUCCCAGGGGUGUACACCCGCGUCAGCAGGUUCCUGCACUGGAUCCAACAGGUCACGCACGGCCCUGCCCAGAUCUGACGCGCCAUUGGCCGAGGCCGUUUGUCAUGUGACCUCCCCAGUGGUGAGGGAGGAGCUUUCAGGGCUGUCCUGGGCAUGACCUCAUGCACUGCACCUAAACCACACAGGACGGCCUGGAUCUUUGAAAUUCUGCCCCCACUACAUUUCUAAAAAAAAUCUCAUUUUCUUAUUGCCUUCUGUAUAACAAUUGCAGGCUUUUCAGCACAGCUCUGUCAUUUAGUUCAGUUCCUCUCAUGUUACAAAAUCAUUCUGCUUCUAGAUGAAUUCAGGAAUUUUUUUAUAAUGCCUCAGCAUGGUUUUGGUGCAGUCAUGAGACCACGUCUAGCACUGCGGCAAUGGACAGUACCAGACAACUGACUCUCUUUGGACAAACCGUGUUUCUCAAGGGACAAGCACAGAGCAGAUUGUGCAAGUUUGUUUCGUCUCACAAGCAUUCCUCGUGUGCAUGCUUUCUAAGUCUCUUUUAGUCUGUCCUUUCCUGUUUAACAAAAUGCAUAUGGCUCUUAACGCUGAGAGAGCUCGGAACUGAAGGACUUGUGGUUGGAUGUUUUGUCAAUGUGGCGUCUGGUGUGACGGAGUCAUGAUGGGGAGGCCUAAAACUCAGCACCUCUCUGCAUCUGGGUUCUGUGAGUUCUCCUCAGCACAGACGUGGGUCCAGCCAACUCAGAGUUUAUACUGUUUUCUUGGCCAGCGGGACUCAAGUGUGGAGCAAACAAAUGAAAUUUGUUUGUCUGCACUGUGACCUCUGACCACAUCAUCUGUUCCUGUUAACACCCCCCGCGCCUUCAGUGGCAAACAGUGCAAAAUUUGUGCACAUGUCAGUAAUAACUUCACAUGGAUUACAUCACGCUCAGCUAGGUUUUUUCUUUUUUUCUUUCCUUUAACACUCACAAAUGGAGGUGCACAUAGUCGUGCAUGGAGAAUCCUUUGUCAAAGGGUUCAGCAGGUUCCCGCAGCAUUGGUGCACAGCGUUCUAAGAUCGUCAUGGAAACUGCUAUAGUCAGAGGGCCUUUCUGGGUUACACUAUGAAGAGUGUGUUGCAGAUAUCCUCUGGACAUGCCCCACAAGAGCUCAGCUAAGUGUCUGCAAGGAGGACACAGAAAGUGGAGACAUCAUCAGACCUCAUCAGCUCUUGCUGGCCUUGGGGUGAAUUGUCCUGGCUCAUUGAUGGCCGUUUUGGACACAAGCCCGUCACUCACACCACUUCUGUUACUGGGCCUGGUUUGCUGAGAACUGGGGAGAUGACUUUAACCCUCCUGCUCUGUCCCUUUCGCCUGUACUUCCUGCUGAGGCUCCUGCUUCAUUUCCUGCAUGUCUACAGCAUGAGGCUCAGACAGUUUCCGGAGGUGCAGAUUUGUUUCAGUGAAGUGGAUUGAUGGGGGUUUUUUUGCAUCAGGCAGGUGUCACAGGAUCUCCUCUGGUGUGUGUAUGUGUAUGUGUGUGUGUGUGUGUGUGUGUGUGUGUGUUGGGGGGGGGGGUGUUAGUCUAGGUACCAUGUGAAAGAACUGCAUCAAAAGUGUCAUCAUGGGCUGUAUGAGCUGGGUGAGGCCCCACCCACUGUUGAGUCAUAAUAGAUUUUUUCUUUUUUUUUUCUUUAAGACAACAGCUGGGAAGUAGUAGAGUACAGCUGUAGAGUACAAGUCAUUCACCAAGGACUUGUUCAUUCUUGAGGAGAACAAGAAAGAAUGACAGAGCUGAGCAAGUACAACUGGGGGAAGCUUUCAAAUUGCAGGUGUGUUCCUGUAGUAGUAGUAAUAAUAAUAAUAAUUAUAAUAAUAAUAAUAUGUAACAUUAAUAACAGCUAAUAACUAUGAUCUUCAGUUGCAGAUGUUUGAAAACAAGCACCCCAAGUCUGGUGGUUCAGAUCUGGCUGUUCUUGAGCAAUAUAGAUAGAUAUGACCACUAUGACACCCCCAUGUGUGUAUGUGCGUGUGCGGGGGUGCAAGCAUGUGCGCUUGCAUAUGUGUGUGUGUGUGUGUGUGUGUGUUUCCGUGUGUGGGUGCAUGCAUGUGCGCUUACAUUUGGGUGUGUGUCUGUGAGUGUGUUUAUCACAUAGACCUACCCUCCGGUUUCUAUUCAGAUGUGGUGAAUAUUACAGUGCCAUCAUGUUUUGUUGUGGUUGCAGUGCUGUCAUUGACUGUAGGUACAAAAAUGUAUGUUCAGGGCCUGUCUAUGAAGGAGCAGCUCAUUUGGGCCUUCACAAUGUGACAUAUUUAUUAAAAAUCAAGUGUCUGGAAAAAAAAAAUGGACGGCAAUGGACAAAACAUAUUUUUCUUCAUCUGAAAGCUCUUUUUAUUAGUUUUCUUGUAACGUGCAUACGUAAUCUAGUUAACUAGGCAAAACGAUUCUAGAACCAAUGAAUCCUUUUUCGAUCCCUGUUGUUCAUCCCAUUGUACAUAGAUGAAGUGCUAAGUGUACAUAUGUCCAGCAGGUGGCAAUAUCGUAUUUUUGAACUUACAUUGACUCUUUGCCGUGUGCUGGAAAUUUCCCGUCUUCUCUGGGAUGUGAUAAUGCUUUUAUUUUCGAACCCGUUGUAUAUAUCACCACUAUACUAAGCAAACAUGUCAUGUAAUGAUGUAAUCCAAAACGUACGGAGAAGGACGUUUACAAUGCAGUUUCUGAAUUUUUGAGCGAAAUGCCAGUCAUUCUGAUAACCCACUCUCUGGAAUACUUUUGUACGUUGAGUUACAUGUUUUGUGCACACCGUUUCUUUUCCAUCCUCUUUAUAGGAAUAUGUGUAACGUGUUUUUGUGAAGUGCUACUGUCAGUGCUUACGGGGGGGGGGGGUGCUGGUGCGGGUGUUGAAACAUUACUAGCUAGUUAUGUGAAAAUGUUUUUUCAUAGCAACUCGUAUACCGUGUUUCUGACUUCGCUCGCUGUGUACGGGGCUUUCUACGUGAGCGAGCGCGCUAAUAAAGGGAGUC